CAGCCACGACGAGCAGACUACUGUUCUGUUUUCCUUGUAUAAAAAUGGCGUCGUUGAUGUUUACCGAUUGCUCCUCCUCUACGACGUCCCGUCUCAUCCAUUUGAACCGCCGCAGCGGUACUUUCCUCCUCCGUCAAUGCGUCGGCCAACUCCGUUUACAGACCACUGCUUCUGGCCGUGGCUGCUGCAUUCGCUCCUCUUCUUCUCCCAUUUCUGCUAUUUCCGCUGAUACAAAAUCAUCAGAGGGUGCCGCAAUUGUAAUUGAUGGAAAGGCUGUGGCUAAAAAGAUUAGAGAUGAAAUUACAAUCGAAGUUUCAAGAAUGAAGGAAUCUAUUGGUGUGAUUCCUGGUUUAGCAGUAAUCCUUGUUGGGGACAGAAAGGACUCUGCAACUUAUGUGAGGAACAAGAAGAAAGCUUGUGACUCCGUUGGAAUUAAAUCUUUCGAAGUUCGUUUAGCUGAAGAUUCAUCAGAAGAAGAGGUGUUGAAAUCUGUCUCGGGCUUCAAUGAUGAUCCUUCUGUCCAUGGAAUCCUUGUUCAGUUGCCUCUACCAUCGCACAUGGAUGAACAGAACAUAUUAAAUGCGGUUAGUAUAGAGAAAGAUGUUGAUGGGUUUCACCCGCUAAAUAUUGGACGGCUUGCCAUGCGUGGAAGAGAACCCUUGUUCGUUCCGUGUACUCCAAAAGGAUGCAUUGAGUUGUUGCAUAGAUACAACAUUGAAAUCAAAGGAAAAAGAGCGGUUGUUAUCGGAAGGAGUAACAUUGUUGGUAUGCCAGCUGCUCUGUUACUGCAGAGGGAGGACGCUACCGUUAGCAUUAUCCAUUCAAGAACCAAGAACCCCGAAGAAAUCACAAGAGAAGCUGAUAUUAUUAUCGCAGCUGUUGGACAACCAAACAUGGUCAGAGGAAGCUGGAUAAAACCGGGCGCAGUCAUCAUUGAUGUUGGGAUUAAUCCUGUUGAGGAUCCAAGUGCUGCCCGUGGCUAUCGAUUGGUUGGAGACAUUUGCUACGAGGAGGCUUGCAAAGUUGCAUCAGCCAUCACGCCUGUUCCUGGUGGUGUAGGACCAAUGACCAUAGCCAUGCUUCUAUCCAACACUUUAACAUCCGCUAAGAGGAUUCACAACUUCCAGUGACGUCACUUAAAAGAAGAUUGAUGGCCAUUUGGGAAUAAGCAAAUCGUACUCUGUUUUUUGAAGCCAAUGGUUUACUUUGGUCUUUAAAGAAUGUUAUAGUUUUGUUCUAUGAAACAAAACAUGUAGUUUUUGAGUCACAUAAAUUGUCUGUCUCUUCUAUCUAUUUGAUCCAGAACUAGUUUUAACUUAUCCCAGAUAUGGAAUACAUGUUGAAACUUGAA